AAAAAACACCGCGAUUUCUCAAAAAAAAAAAACACCGCGACAUGGCGCGUUUGCAGAGCUUCGCCGCCCUCGCCGCGGCGGCGGCGGCCGCCGUCCUCGCAGGCCUGCUCUACAGACGCAGGUGCGACCGCUUGAGCGCGCGGGUGCGGGAGCUAGAGGACUCCCUGGCCGACGCCGUGGAGAAGGCCGCCGCAGAGCGCCGCGGCAGGGUUCGGGCUCAGCAGUCACUGCGGAGGGCCCUGAGCGAGCAGGGGACGAGCCCGGAUAAGGGGAAGCCGGCCAAGGCCCCGGCGUCGUACCCGACGGCGCCGAUCGGCACCGUGCAGUCCUGCUUCUCUACUAGGAAUGGUACGCCGAGACAGCCUUUGGUGGUGCCUCUGGCCAGAGCGACAGUGGUGCUUAAUCCUGCCCGUGUUGCGGCCGAAGCGCUAGAGGGACUUGCUAGUUACUCGCAUUGUUGGAUCCUCUAUGUUUUCCAUCUGAACACUGAUCUUGAUAAAAUGUGGAAAGACCCUGCUAGAUCCAAGCUAAAAGUAAAGGUGAGAGUGCCUAGAUUGAAAGGGGGCAAGAUGGGGGUUUUGGUGAAUGGCACACCGAGACAGCCUUUGGUGGUACCUCUGGCCAGAGCGACAGUACUUCUUCACCCUGCCUGUGUCCAAACUGAAGCGCUAGAGGGACUCACUAAUUACUCGCAUUGUUGGAUCCUCUACGUGUUGCAUCUGAACACUGAUCUUAUAAAAUGUGGCAAAGCCCUGCUAGGUCCAAGGGCGAGAGUACCUGGACUGAUGGCAUGAUGGGGUUCUCGGUAACUAGGUCUCCACGUUGGCCUAAUCCAGUUAGGAGAUGAAGGACCCCUGCGCAAGGACAAACCUGGGCAUCAUCAUUCUCGGUGUUGUUCCUAAAUGGAUUAUAAAUGCUAUCAAAAGGGAAGAAGUUGAAGCAACUCCAGUAAGGAUGAAUAAUCCCCUGAAAUUUGCAAAGGUGAGUGUGCUUGAACCAGUGAGAGGGCCUGCAUUCUGGCAAUUGUUUUGAUCUCCAAUCCACUUUUUCUCAAGUUGAAUCAUAGUAUCACCCCCUGUUACGUUGAGAAUUGCCUUUGAGAUGUCGCCAAGUAGGGGAUUUCCCUUUGCUAAUGCCUGUUCAAGAAACGUGACCAUUUUAUGGACCCAUUUACACCAACAGACAAGUGACAAGUGAGACAACACUGCAUCAUGUCUUGUAUGAUUCAAGUAAAAGUAUAACUCUCUAAGCGUAUCUGAACUUAGUAUAAAUGAUAGUAAAACUAUUCAGUGAUCCGUCUGGCCUUAACCUCUAAACAUGAUUGUUAGUAGGCAGUAGGCACAACAAUUGAGUAGGUUAUAUUAGACCAAGAUAAUUAUAGGAUGUUCAAAUGUAUUUAACGUGAUUACUAGCUGACACUUUUUUUUUUUGGUGAGAACCAAUUGAUUAACUGAUAGAUACUUUCUCUUUAGGAAUAUUGGGCAAAAGAAGCAUAUCUAAGGUAGUUAUUAAACUUACAUAUCCAAAACCUGCAGCCUCAUAGAUUGGUCCCACCAUUGUGUACCCUUUGCAGUGGUUUGCCAGAAAUAGUUUAAUGUAUGGAACCUCAUGGACAAGAGCAGCGAUACCACCAUUGUUGCUUCCUAGGGAAAGUGCUUUGUGAAAAUCAUCAGGGGAAUCAUACGACUUGAUCUUUGACCUGUCAAAACCGAGUUCUUCUAAAAGUCCCUUGACGUAAGAGCCACGGUGAUGUCCUACGCAUUCUCCACUUUUUAGGAGUUCAUGCACAUCUGUUACUGUUGGCUGAAGCUGCUGCACAGUUAGCAUUGAUGUCAAGCUCGCAGUGUAACUUGAUGUAAGUACCAUGAGAAAAACUAGCCAAACGAUCAAAACUAUCCGGGAUAGAAAGCGUUGCACAAGCUCUUCUGCAAAAUACAUGAUAAAAUAAAUUAGUUUCUUUUGCCAUCUUGAGUCCAGUCAAUUAUAGUGCAAUACAAUUUUGUAACAUCAUACAGAAUAUGAUAAUUAUUUUAUUCUGCUCUGCUUAGUUCAUAUUAAAUAUUUAGUAUUAUGUAGCGAUGAAGCUACCAUUUAGAAAUGCAAAAUUACCCAGAUGUGUUUUAGAAAUAUCAUAUAUUCAUAUGUAUUGACAUAUUGUCUUUUUGUCGAUAAUUGUGUAGCAUUGUUGCUUCAGGAUUAUAUAAUUGUCUUCCCAUUCAGGCCUCUCAGCCUGAUGCUAAAUAUUGUAUUUUAUGCAAAAUGGAUAGAUCAUGGUAAGUGUACUCAACUCCCUUCAAAUAUGGAGAAAAAGAUCAUAAUCCCCAGCUGUCUGGGAAUUGUCCCACGAAUAUUCUCGUUGUUGCCUAGAAAUUCCAAUAUUAAUACGACCACACCUGUGUAGAUAAAGAAUACAGCGCUUCCAAACCACAUGCCAGGUGCUAGUGGCUUCAAGAAAAUCCAUGUGUUCUUGUUUAUGCUAUCCCUUACUGGAACAACCAUUGCUAUUCCUGUUUCUGUGUAUGGCAGAGUGAAGUCGACAUAGAAAGUUCGAUUAUACCUUAUUGUUAUAUCUCCAAUUACUAUAUCAAAUAUCUGCAUGGGCAAAAAAAGAAGUUAGCUGAGGACAUAGAAAAUAGUUUCUGACUCAAAUCUCCUUUUACUGAGAAUGCUAGAGGAGUAGUUGUGCUAUUUGGAAUAUAGGGGAGCCUUGGCGCAGUGGUAAAGCUGCUGCCUUGUGACCAUGAGGUCAUGGGUUCAAGUCCUGGAAACAGCCUCUUACAGAAAUGUAGGGAAAGGCUGCGUACUAUAGACCCAAAGUGGUCGGACCCUUCCCUGGACCCUGCGCAAGCGGGAGCUACAUGCACCAGGUUGCCCUUUUUUAAUUAAGUAAGGGUAGCACUCAAAUACUUAUUGAUGGUUGCACUUGCUUCAUAUGUUGUUGACAUGUAAAAUAAUUGUCUAUACUAUCUUCUCUCACCAAUCAGGGGUUUCUGUCGGCGUGUAAAGUUUAUUACCAUGUAACUGGUUAAACACCGAAAAAUCAUGUGACAUGGUUAGGUGGUUUGUUGUGAAAACUACUGAAAAUAGAUAACAGGACUAGCUUAUAUGACCAGUCUCCUCAAAAGUAGAGAAGAAGAAUGACAAUGGUUGUAAAGUACGACAUGUAAUAUCUUUAGGGUUAUCUACAGCAUCCUUUGUCAUCUAAUAGAAAUAUUCUGUAUCUUGCUUCUAACGAUGUUAAAACAUGUGUGAAAGUUUGCUUUAAUGCUUCAAGGCCUCAACUAUUUACAAAUUAAAAUAAAUCAUGUGGGAAUACAGAGGUCUUGAUUUUUUUUCAUACCUUAAGAUAUACUUGGUAGACAAAAUCAUUGUAAUCUUCGCUACUUGAAUCAUCCGUAGUACUAAAUAUUACAUAUUCGUAAGGGAGUGCAUAAGGAAGUCUCUUAACCGUCUCUUCAAAUACGUCAACUGAGAAACCACUUGCUUUAGUUGCACCUGUUAUAUGAUCCUUUCCGACCUUCAUAAAUUCCGGAUAUCCACUUGUGCACACACCAACUCGAAGUUUCUUCCCGCUUACAGGAAUUUCAUAACCCCGGGGUACCUCUAUGGACUCUCCUGGCCAGAUCACAGGAUGAAGAUCCCACGCUGAACCCGGAAAUGUUGUUGCAGGUGUGGUUUUAUUUAAUUGUUGUGAGAUUCCAUUUUGUGCAGUCCAGAAUCCAAUUUCCCUCCAUCCUUUUCCUACCACGUUUAUUAUUCGAAAUGUUGAAAUUUGCAGCUGCCUAUCUGAAAGGUCAAAAUUGCCACCAAGGCCUUUAAAUCUGUUCUGCAGGAUUGCUUGUAAUAGUUCUGGACCAUUACUAGACGUUUCCAAGGUUUCCAAGCUUGUUGAGUUUCUUGUGACACCUGGUUUUCUAAAUGUGGCAUUUGUAAGUCCAACUUUUUCUGCAGCCUGUGCUACUGCCCAGAUUGUAUCAUAGCUCCACAGUCCAAAGAUGCUUAAUUUUGAUGGUAUAUUAGUUGGGUUGUCAAUUUGGAACCUCAUAUUCCAUCUCAUGGUGAAGUCAUCGAGAUCCUUUGAUUUGGGAACAUAAACUUGAACACCUAUGGCACCAUUCAGUGAUUCUAGGACAGAAGGAUUUAGUGAUUCUAUGAGAUUGGUUACUCCAUCUGUCAGGAUCCAUGCAUAUCCUUUGUUCAUCAUCCCUACUUCUUUUGCCUUGAUGAAGACAAGCGAGGCUAAGGUAAAUGACAUAUGCACAACAAAGACCGUUGUUUGCAUUGCCAUCAACUUAUAGAGUUCUAGGGUAAUCUGUUCAUUAGUUGCUGUCAGAGGGAUCAUGCUUUGGUAGGGAACACGAGCAUCAACUUCUUGUAGGACAUCAACUAGGUAUCGUAUAAUGCCUCUCCCAUAGUCGGUGUCUUCAUAUACAGUCACCACCUUUCUCCACCCAUAGGCUUUAACUAUGGAGGCAAUGCAAUUAACCUGUGCUGAGUCACUCAGUGUUGCACGCACAAAAUAUGGAAGACUUCCAGACGCUAGAGCUGGGUUUGUUGCCGUGAAGGAUAUGACCGGGACAUGACCUUUAUUUCCCAGUUUCGAGAUAAAUAUGGCUUGCGAAGAUCUCUGAGGGCCAAUGAUGGCUUCCACAUUGUAAUUUUCCAACAGGCUAAUAACUGUAGAAUUGCAUAUGAAGACACUUCAGUUGAAAAUCCUUGAUAAAAUUAAAAUCAUAAUAUGCAUAAAUUGCAAACAAUUGGAUACGGUUGUUUGAUAUGGAAUGUGGUAAUUUGAUGUUCAUGGUAAUGUAACAACACAAGGUGAAUUCCAAGUUGCACUCAUCUAAUUAUAAUUACAGCUGCAAUUCACACGCUGGAGUGCUGUGUCUCCAGAAAUGUUGCCACUUGCAUAUAUUAACAGUAUUUAGAAGAGAAUAGGUGACAGUGACAUUAAUAGAUGAUUGGUUCCAAAUAAGGUAAUUUAUCUCGCUCAUACUUCUAUUUGUAUUGCUUCCUCUUGAUGGCUCCAAAAUAUUGUUUCUUGGUUCAUAGAAUAAAUUUUUUUUCACUGUCUGUGAUCUCAUGAAAUGAUAAUAUUGUGAAACAGAUCCUGCUUUGUAUUACAGAAUAGUACUGCAAGUGCAAGCAAUAAUGCAACUUAAGCAUGGAUAGAUGUUCUUGCUUUUUUUUGUCCAAGCCAUUAUAUCAUUUAUAUGAGCUGCUAUGUACUGUUUCUCUAGUUUGCAGGUAUUCACGCUUUCCCUAGUUUCUACAUUUAUGCUACUUGUUCACUUUCUUUUCUUGGUAGACACUACUAUUGCUAGUAUCAGCUGUAUUAUUAGAAUUCUUCAAGUCUAUAUGUCAGAAAUCUCAUUUUUACAAUGUGCUAUCUGUUUUCACUGUAGUUCAAUAAUCAUUUCCAUUUUUGGAAACCUAUAGGAAUUGAGCUAGAGUUUUACACCUUACUGUUGCAAGUUGGAGCAUGCAACAAUGUGCCCAUUAAUUACUUCAGCAGCAAAAUUGGCACUUGUGGCUGAUGGAAUUCCCCUUGGUGAAGAGAGCGCAAUAAUUUCUCCUCUGUUAUCUUAGGAAUAAUAUUGUGUGAAAAAUGGUAAUUGCUGUUACACAGUAAUAUUAUGUGAUGCUCAGUUUCGUAAAUGCAUUUGUCACGAAAUGAGUCAUCUUCGCCUCUCUACGCACUAACAAGUUGACACUAGAGACCUAAAUUCUGAAUACCAGUUUUAGCAACCUUUACCGAGUUGGUAAAAUUGACAAUUUCUUUGAUUUUCAGUGUGUGUCAUGGUAAGUUUCACGUCGUAGUAAUACAAACAUUGUUCUUGUGUUAGAGCUCUUCUUCAAGUCGGUUCACCAUCACCACUUAAUUUUACAUUGGCCAACCCAGGUAUCCAACUGAGCUAGGCUUAGUUCCUAAGAUGCAUAGUUGAGGAACAGAGUGCUCAACUAGUCUAUUUCAGCUGUACAGCAGAAUAAGCCAAUACAGUGAACAGAUGAAAAGAGUUCAGGACAUUUACCUUGAGAUGCAGCUCGGACAUCAUCUCUCAUGGAAUCUCUGGUGUGUAGGACUAGCUUGGUGCUAUAGUUCUGAUGAACAGCAUAGAAGUCCUCCAUAGCUAGUGAAAUGCUGGUCCGUGCCAUUUUGCCAACAAUGGACCCCAAGUCAAGGAUAACCCCAACAUGGAGUUCCUUUGCGUCUUCUCUAGAAGUAUUUUGGGCGACAGCAAGGUUGAUUGGCAGCAAGAGGAACAUGAUGACUCUACUUGUGAUCUCCAUCCGCUGAGCCAGAGGUUUGCAGACUUGCAUUUGUUGCGUGCAGUUAAAUAGACUCUUCUGAGAGGUAGUUAAACAAUCAAAGUGCAGUUUUUUAAUGACAAUAACACAUUCAUUGAGUGUGUAUGCGGCAUUACUUCUAACUUACGAAUUAGAGCAAGUAUAAUAAGGUACAGUCAGCAGGCUAUAAGGACUAAACAAUUAUAUUUGUGCUGAGUUGGAUGAGAGAGAAGAGGAGAGAAGGAAAGCGGGCUGUAGAUUAACAGCCGGCUGCAACAUGGACUCCAAGAAACAUUGCGAGAGUGUACGGUGGGCCAUGCAUUAAUAAAGUAGUACUCCCUUCGUCCCAAAAUUCUUGUCUUAUAUUUGUCUAAAUACGGAUGUAUGAAGACACGCUUUAGUGUUAGAUACAUCCGUAACUUAACAAAUCUAAGACAAGAAUUUUAGGACAGAGGUAAUACUACUUAGCAUGUCAAGAAUUUGAACUAAAACCACGACGAGUAAAUCGGAACGGAGGGAGUAGCUACUAUACAUGCUGGCUAUUAGGUUGACUAUAUGUAACAUGUCAACUUCAUAUAGCCGGUUGUUGGCAAUACUAUUAACCAUGCUCUUACUGGGCGAAAAAGGCUUUCGAGGCGCUCAAUUCAAUUGGUGUCAUCAGCUUGAAAGCCGCGUGAAUUUUUGUUGGUUGCUAAGUCAUCAUUUCCUGGACAUGUAUCCAAUGAUCUGUUCACAGUAAUUUAAUAUGCGUACUGAUGCUUGUUAUUACCAUGAAGACGCAACUCUGGUUGAAAUUCGUUUGCCUCUUAUUGGAUAAUGGAAUGGUCUCACAAUCAAGUUAUAAUCUCGAAGCCAGUUACAGACUUCUGCUGCACGACUUUUCUGCUGGCACGUGCGAUGGUUGACUUGAGUGUAUUAGUGAAAUGUUCUAGGUAAUUAUGGUUGGCACAAUGUGAUAUUGUUUACCCCAAUUGGCAUUUGAUACCGUUAUUCUCACUUCUCAGCAUAAGUACAUAUUCAACUUGGGCAAAGAAGUCCCACGGUCUGAUCUCACCAAUAUGACUUCUUUCCCACGGUCUGAUCUCACCAAGAUCAGAUGGUUUUCUCCCUAUUAUGAAGUACUUUUGUCCAUUUCCAUAUGGAUGACUAGACCCUUGUCUAAAACAGGGAACUGUCUUUGUUCAUACAAAGAGCACUUAUGUUACUAAAGCCUUCUCUUACUAUAGAGUUUGAUUUAUGUACAUAUUUGACUUGGGAGAAAAUCCCUAGGUGUAGCGUGAAGAUAUUAUGGAGGGCUGGCGUGGGAGAAUAUACCAGAAUUGGCAAGAUAACCGAGAUAUUGUUGAGUCAUCACUGAAAAUAGUUACGCCAAGGGGAAGAAGGAAGAUGCUAGCCUAAGUGGAACUGUGGAAGAUACAGCAGCAUGGCAUCUGAAGAAAUCAGGGAUUUUCACGGUGAAGAGAAUCCUUAUGAUCCGGUGCUGCAACUGCAAAGCAAGAUGGGGUAGUUCUCACAGGAGAAUAGGGCAAUAGCAAAGUAUGGUGCAACACUUGAAGGCCAGACAAAGUAUAUCAUCAUUUGGCGCAGUCCAUUAUGGGGUGCCUACCCAAGUUGAACAGGUGGUGGCGAAAGGCAAGUGACCGCUGUGCUGUUAUUGCGUACGGCCGUGCGCCAGUGCACCAGUAAUUUGGUGCAUGAGUAGUGAGGCGUCUACAUACAAGUCCACUGCAGUUUUUGCGAAGCUGAUACUGGACGACACUGUUUAUGGUCCGGCACGGAGGAGGCCAGUUGAACGGCAAAGGGCACAUGAGAUGGCGAGAAACAAGAAAGCUCUGACAAAGGUUCGUGGCCCGCGGGAGCUGGCGUGGCGAACCAUGACGAGCAAGGCCGUGCGAUUUCCGGCUAUCUGCGUGGUGGGUGAUUUGGCACACCUCACAAAAAGAAAAAAAAACGGAUUUCUCAUCUUGUAAAGAGACGCGGCAGGGUUGUGUUUGUGUGAGCACUGAGGCCACCGUCACUGAGGGUGAGAAGGAGAAUAAGUGACAACACGAAUGAGACGCCCUGUGUUGAAAUAAGAGAUGUGAACUUAUUGGGGCCUCGAGUAAUGAUUAUUGAGUUAAGAAAGUGUA